CCCCUCCUUCCGGCUGGAAUCAAGCAGCCUUUUUAUUUUUUUUUUCCCUCACAACACACACCGUCCUCAAAUUACCUUUGUCGUUUCACGAGCUUAUCAUGGCCUCCGACGAACAGCCUGCUGGCGGCUCUCUCGCCGACCGCAUUUCCAAGCCCGAAGAACCUCAGCCUGCAGAGUCCACCGAUACCCCCAAAGAGAUCGAUCAAACGGAUGGAGCGCCCGCCGCCUUGGGUGGCUCCGAUCUUCAGGAACCCGACUACACCGUGGAGGUCAAGCUCAGCGAUCUGCAAGCCGACCCCAACAAUCCUCUGUUCUCAGUCAAGAACUUCGAGGACCUUGGCCUCGAUCCUCGUAUCUUGCAAGGAUUGUCGGCUAUGAACUUCCGCAAACCGUCUAAGAUCCAAGAAAGAGCCCUCCCUCUUCUGCUCGGCAACCCCGCAAAGAACCUGGUCGGCCAGUCCCAGUCGGGUACUGGAAAGACUGCCGCAUUCACGCUCAAUGUCCUCAGCCGCAUCGACCUCAGCACGGAGCAACUGCAGAAGACCCCACAGGCCCUGAUUUUGGCCCCUACGCGCGAGUUGGCGCGUCAGAUCGUGGGUGUCAUCCAGGUCAUGGGUCAAUUCCUCCCGAACCUCCUCAUCGGCACUGCUGUGCCUGCGGAUAGCAAUGCGCGCCCGACCAAAUUGGAGUGCUCCGUUGUUGUUGGUACGCCAGGCACGGUCACGGAUAUGAUCAAGAGACGCACCAUCACGGCCAACAAGCUCAAGGUGCUGGUUCUGGACGAGGCAGAUAACAUGCUUGACCAGCAGGGUCUUGGCGAUCAGUGCAUCCGUGUCAAGGCUUUGUUGCCCAGAGAUAUUCAGGUUGUGCUCUUUUCGGCCACUUUCCCUACGCACGUCCACGAAUACGCUUCCAAGUUCGCCCCCAAUGCGAACGAGAUUACCCUUCAGCAUGAGGAAUUGACCGUCGAGGGUAUCAAGCAAUUGUACCUUGACUGCGCCAACGAGGAAGAGAAGUACCAGACUCUUGUUCAGCUUUACGGUCUUCUCACCGUUGGUUCUUCCAUUAUUUUCGUCAAGACCCGUGCCUCUGCCGUCGAAAUCGAAAGGCGCAUGGUGGCCGAAGGUCACACCGUUGCCUCCCUGACCGGUGGUAUCGAAGGCUCGCAGCGUGAUGCCGUGAUCGACCAGUUCCGUGCGGGACAAGCCAAGGUUUUGAUCACCACCAACGUCCUCGCCAGAGGUAUCGAUGUUUCGACCGUUUCCAUGGUCAUCAACUACGACAUCCCUGAAAUCCACCAGACCAACCCUCGCGCUCCGCGCCAAGCGGACUUCCAGACCUAUCUUCACCGUAUCGGUCGUACCGGUCGGUUCGGUCGUGUGGGUGUCUCGAUCUCGUUCAUCUCCAACCGCGACGAGUGGGAGAUGCUCAACCAGAUCCAGAAGUACUUCAACACCAGCAUCCAGCGGAUUGACACCAAGGAUUGGGACGAGGUGGAGGAUAUCAUCAAGAAGACGCUCAAGAACACCCGUGCCCAGGCCGGCUUCCGGUGAUUGUCCUGCCUCUCCCUUGCUGUUUGA